AUGAACGCCGAUACAGACAAACGCAAGGCGUGGUUCAGCCGCUUCCACGCCGUACUUGACGCCGAGGCGGACCAGGUCGACAGCUACUUGCUCACGAAAGAUCCUGGUGGCCUGUACCCCGUGGACAGCCAUUGCGCCGAGGACGUACUUGCUGCUGGGCUGUCGGAGCGACCUGGUCGAUUUCCCUCGCGUGCGGCCGCUAGAGAGUGGUUCCCCGCCAUUAUGGACAACGAGCGGCGCCCCGAGCAGGCCUUUGCUUUCAACGCUGAGGACGACCCUUGGAAGCACUUUUCCUCGGCCGAGUGGCGUGCCCUCCAGUGCGCCGAGCUGCAUACAUUGCUCGACCGCUUGGACAGCAGUGACAUGAUAUACGAGCUGGGAAUCACAGACGAUGGGUACCUCGCCAUCUGUCCGUUCGACACCAACCGGUUCGCCGACGAGCUCAGUGCGUUCGGUGACGCGAGGUCAGACGACUCGUGGAAACAGCUUGACGCUUUCAACGACUUCAACAAGGCCCUCCAGGCCGAGGCCGACUGGGUGGAUGGGUACGCUGUCAUCCCCGACCCCGAGGUCGACCUGGGCCCGAGUGUAGUGGCCGUCGCUCGUACCCCCGACGCCAUUCUCAGCGCUGGGUUGUCACCACGCCCCGGACGCUUUCCUACCCGUGCGGCCGCGCUCGAGUGGUACCCUGCUCCGCGGAACGACCGGCGGCCGCCCCGCAGAGACACCUCGCAGGCGGCAAGGGACGCGUUCCGCGCAGCCCACGCCCAGCAUGGGCCCCACUUUACCUCCCCCGCAUGGCGCGAGCUCCAGCGCCAGGCGCUCCAAGACAUGAUCGACCGCACCGACGAAAUGUACGAACUGCAGCUCGACGUCUUGGGGAACCUCGUCGUCCGCAGGCUGCCUUCAGACAAGUUUGCCGACGAGACGGGCAGGGAGGACCAGGCGGAGCGCAAGCGCGUUCGUACAAAGUUCCUCAUGGACAUGUGCUCGCCUUAUGUCUCCUCGUACCCGGAGUAUUUCGACAGCGUGAACAAACCCCCGCGCCGCCGGAUCAAGCGCGGCGAUGGCGGCCGUGGGCCGUACGAUCCUGCCGACAUCAUCGCCGCCGGGCUCACGGGGCAUCCAGGUUACCGCCUUUCGGCGCAGGGACAGCCGGGAUGGAGGUUGAGAGAGGAAGAGGGCCAUGUGGUAGCCAGGUUGAAAGAGGCGGUGGUGGUGAGGGAGAGUCUCCCUGCUCCGGAUAGUGCACAAUUUGUGUCUCUUGUCCGCCUCAUCGCCUCCCUCGACGACAUUGGUGAGCCGUACGCGCUGGCCCUGGACGAAAAUGACGCGCUGGCCGUUCGCCUCCUGGAGGAGCCAAACUGGGACGCCUACAACAUCUACGAGGAUUCCCUCAUCCGCAGGGCAUGGGACGAGCGGUUCCACAUUGCCCUCGACACCGAACAAGACUGGCUGGACGCGUACCUCCUCUAUCCUGGCUAUGAUGGCGCCGGACUCCGCAGCAUCGCUGGCAAGCGGCCCGGGGACGUGUUCGCUGCCGGGCUCACGGAACGUCCGCACCGCUUUGCCUCCCACGCCGCCGAGCGCGAGUGGCAUCCCUCCAUCCCGCCCAUGGCGAUGGAGGACAUUCUGCGUUCCAUUGAAGAGCGCCGCGCCGGCGGCGACGCCGCCCGGCUUUGUAACGCCUGCGAUUACUCUUCGGACGAGUGGCGCGCACUCCAGCGCCGCAAGCUGCAGGAAAUGCUCAACGUCGUGGACGGGAAGGAAAUCCAAUACGAGCUCAUCGUCGUCUCAGGGUCCCUCUCUUUCUGCUUGUUGGGCAAUAGGGACGGGGGCGGAAGGGCCAUGAACGAACGGGAAGACCUCUACUACCGCGAAGACUUCUACGCCCUCACGUAUUCGUCGUACUUUGCCAUCUACGGGUCCUCAUCGGGAUGCGAGUACUGGGGCCGCCGGGUCAAACGCGGUGUCCGCGGACGGGGACGCGACAGCACGACGCAGGAGGACGAUUCCACAGCAGAAACAUGUUCGAGGGGUUAG